AAGAGCCGUUGCUAUCCCGCUGCCCUCUGCACUAAAUCUCCAUCGAGGCUCUUUUGAGAGGGCGACGGGGAAAAGAAUAACACAAAUAACAACAAAAACAACAGAAAGCCAACGGCAAUGUCCGCCAGCUCCGCUUUCAACGACGAGAAGGGGGGCUCGUCCAGCGUCGGGGAGCCUGAAUAUGGUCACGACCCGGCGAGCGGAGGGAUUUUCUCGUCCGACUACAAAAGACACGACGACUUGAAGGAGAUGCUGGACAGCAACAAAGACUCCCUGAAGCUGGAGGCGAUGAAGCGCAUCGUGGCUAUGAUCGCCCGGGGGAAAAACGCGUCGGAUCUUUUCCCCGCCGUGGUGAAAAACGUGGCCUGUAAAAACAUCGAGGUGAAGAAGCUCGUCUACGUUUACCUGGUGCGUUACGCCGAGGAGCAGCAGGACCUCGCUUUGCUCUCCAUCUCCACCUUCCAGCGAGGGUUGAAGGAUCCGAACCAGCUGAUCAGAGCCAGCGCCCUGCGAGUCCUUUCCAGUAUCCGAGUCACGAUCAUCGUCCCCAUAAUGAUGUUGGCCAUCAAAGAAGCCGCCUCCGACAUGUCUCCGUACGUCAGGAAGACGGCCGCUCAUGCCAUCCCGAAACUCUACAGUUUGGAUCCAGAACAGAAGGACCAGCUGAUUGAAGUCAUAGAGAAACUCCUCGCUGACAAAACCACAUUGGUGGCGGGAAGCGUCGUCAUGGCUUUCGAGGAGGUGUGUCCGGAGCGCAUCGACCUGAUCCACAAGAACUACCGGAAGCUGUGCAACCUCCUCAUCGACGUGGAGGAGUGGGGCCAGGUCGUCAUCAUCAACAUGCUGACCCGCUACGCCAGGACCCAGUUCCUCAACCCCAACAUGAACGAGUCGCUGCUGGAGGAGGAAAACGACAAGACCUUCUACGGCUCGGACGACGACGAGGAAGAGGAGAAGGAAAAGAAGGCGGAGGCUCCCCUGCCGAGGAGGAAGCCGUACGUGAUGGACCCCGACCAUCGGCUGCUGCUGAGGAACACCAAGCCGCUGCUGCAGAGCCGCAACGCCGCCGUGGUGAUGGCUGUGGCUCAGCUGUAUUUCCAUCUGGCCCCUAAAGUGGAGGUGGGGGUGAUUGCCAAGGGCCUGGUCCGUCUCCUGAGGAGCCACAGUGAAGUCCAGUAUGUGGUUCUGCAGAACGUGGCCACCAUGACGAUUAAGAGACGGGGAAUGUUUGAGCCGUACCUGAAGAGCUUCUACAUCCGGUCCACAGACCCGACGCAGAUUAAAGUCCUCAAGCUGGAGGUUCUCACCAAUCUGGCCAAUGAGACGAACAUUUCCACCAUCCUCAGAGAGUUUCAGACUUACAUCAAGAGCAUGGAUAAAGACUUUGUGGCCGCCACGAUUCAAGCCAUCGGCCGCUGUGCCACGAACAUCGGCGAGGUGAGGGACACGUGUCUGAACGGCCUGGUGCAGCUGCUGUCCAACCGGGACGAGUUGGUGGUGGCGGAGUCGGUGGUGGUCAUCAAGAAGCUGCUGCAGAUGCAGCCGGAGAAGCACAGCGACAUCAUCAAGCACAUGGCCAAGCUCACCGACAACAUCCAGGUGCCGAUGGCGCGGGCCAGCAUCCUGUGGCUGAUCGGCGAAUACUGCGAGCACGUCCCUAAGAUCGCCCCCGACGUCCUGCGGAAGAUGGCCAAGUCGUUCACCAACGAAGAAGACAUCGUCAAGCUGCAGAUCAUCAAUUUGGCCGCCAAGCUCUAUCUCACCAACUCCAAACAGACCAAACUGUUGACGCAGUACGUUCUCAACUUGGCCAAGUACGACCAGAACUACGACAUCCGCGAUCGGGCGCGCUUCAUUCGUCAGCUCAUCGUGCCUACGGAGAAGAGCGGCGCGCUGAGCAAGUACGCCAAGAAACUGUUCCUCGCCCUCAAACCGGCGCCGGUGCUCGAGUCUCCAUUUAAAGAUCGAGACCACUUCCAGUUGGGCUCAUUGUCCCACUUGCUGAAUGCCAAGGCCGGCGGCUACCAGGAGCUGCCCGACUGGCCCGAAGCCGCCCCCGACCCCUCCGUGCGCAACGUGGAGGUGAAGGAUUCUGUUUUUUCGCUGCUUGAAAGAGUCGCAACAUUAACGAGUGUGCCCGAGUGGACCAAGUGCAGCAGCCGAGAGAAGAGGAAGGAGAAGAAGGUGGAGAAGCCCUUCUACUCCGACUCGGAGGGCGAGUCCGGGCCGACGGAGUCAGCUGACAGCGAGUCGGACUCGGCCAGCGGCUCGGAGAUCGGCAGCGGCGUCGUGGGGAGCGGCUCGCGAACGGCGAGCGAAGAGAGCGAGGAAGGCUCCGAGUCUGAGGAAGAGGAGGAAAAGGACAAGAAGAUGAUGACGGCGAAGAAAGAAUUAAAGAAGCCGGUGCAAGAAAGCGAAAGCGAGCAGAGCAGUGAAGAAGAAGAAGAGAGGAAGCGCGAGAGGAAGAAGAGUAAACCGCGCAAGAGCGAAUCCGACGACGACGACGACAGCGAGUCUGAGAGCAGCCGAUCGGAGUCCGAGGACUCCGAGUCUGAGGCAGAGGUCAAAAAGAAGAAAAAGGCAGCUGCCUCCAGACCUCCUGCUAAGCCGCUCAAGAAAGAGAGCAAGAAAGAAAUGUCCCUGCUGGACUUCGAUGACUUCGAGCCGGCUCCGCCCCCUCACGUCACUCCUCUCAACAGCUUCCUGUCCAGCAGCCUGGUGACCGACCUGGAGGGCCUGUCUCUGUCUGACGCCGCGCUCUCUCCGGCAACCCUUUCCCCCUCCGGCGCGAUGAAGAGCUACGAGCUGCUGCACCGGAUCCGCGGCGAGGGUCUGUCGGUGGAGUACUGCUUCAGCCGGCAGCCGUUCAGCCCCGACGCCAACAUGGUGGCCGUGCAGAUGCAGUUCACCAACAGCGGCGCCGCGGACACCAAGAGCCUGCACAUGGAGGACGUGAAGCUGCAGUCCGGCAUGAGGGUCAAGGAGUUCCCGGAGAUCGAGCUGCUGCCAGCAGGCGAGACGGCGACGGCUGUGAUGGGCAUCGAUUUCUGUGACUCGACGCAAGCGGCGAACUUCCAGUUGUGCACUCACACCAAGAAAUUCUUCGUGUCGAUCCAGCCGCCGGUCGGGGAGCUGAUGAGGCCCGUCUUCCUGACGGAGAACGAGUUCAAAAAGGAGCAAGGUCAGCUGAUGGGCAUGAACGAGCUGUCGGAGAAGCUCACCCUAGACGCCGAGUGUCGGAACGAGCACGCCAUCGUCCAGAGGGUGACCGCCGCCGCCAACCUCAGCCGGGUGCCCUGCGGCUCGGACAAGGAGUGCAGGUUCGCGGGCCGCACGGUGACCAGCGGCAGCCUGGUGUUGGCCACCGUGGUCACCAAGGAGGCGGCCUCCGCCCAGCUGACGGUCAACUGCGAGAAGAUGGUAAUCGGCACGAUGCUGGUGAAGGACGUCCUGCUGGCGCUGACGCAGUGACGCCCCCCCCCUCCCCCUCUCAGUGACCCCGCCUCUCGCAUAGCGCCCGUCACGCGUGUAGCAUCUUUUAGAAACGACUGCCGUCUCCACCGAACGACAAUCAGACGUGACCUGAUGUGAAAUCCCUCGCUCCCUUUUUAAGUUUCUCACGACGUCGUGAUCCCAAAAAAUAUUUUUUUCCUUCCGCCGGGAGACGAAUUUGAUUUAUUUUGAAAUAAUUUAGCAGAAUUUGAAUUUGUCUUCCUGUCGGCGGGACGCAGCGCGACGUGACCGUGAGAACGAACGAAUGAAGGAAUGAAAGGCGAGUUCAGUGAUGGACGGAAUACACAAUUAAUUAAAAAAAAGAAACAAGGCAAAUAGAAGAAUACGCAAAAGAAGAUCAAAACAAGAGACGGCGGCUUGUUUUUGGACCCAGACGUACGUUCGCCGUUAAGCGACCUCGGGAGGAGGAAGUCGGGUGACGUAGUCAAACUUUUAUUUGGGGUAAUGUGGUGCGUAAAAAUGGACGGAUGCUGUUGGGUGAGAGGAUGAAAGGAAUAGUCCAAAGUCUGAUUUUAAAAAAACAGAACAAUCUUGUUUCAAUCAUAAAGUUUAUUUUAUUCCAAAAUACUCGGUGCCCCGAGUAAGUCGCUCUAUAAAGUUUAUUGAAAUAAAACCGGAAUAAAGACGGAUCUUUAUGGAUGAGCGUCUCCGUCGUGGUGCAGUCGUUCACUUAUGAAAACUGAAGAUGUAUAAAUGUUAUUGUGUUUUACAACAUGUAAUACAGUACUGCUAUAAGUAAGGUGUGUGUGUGUGUGUGUGUGUGUGGGCGUGAUGACACUAAACAUUUAAUUAGCCGUUUUUAUAAUGACUCAAAAUGACACUCGACUUGAAAACAUCAUGAAGCAUUUUCUUAUAAUAAUAAUAACACUGAUAAUAAUAAUAAACACUGGACAAUAAGUAGAAAAUCACUUUAAUCACAAUAUUUAAAAGUCUCACAUUUUACAUUUAGUUAGAUUCAAAAAUCUGCCUGAGAACAAAUCUAUUUAUCAUUAGUUACCAGAUUAACUUCAGAUAAUUUUAUUUUCAACAUUGAAAAAUAAUAAAAAUAGAUUUCCUUGGCUCAUAAAAUGUAAGAAAAUAUUAAUCUAUUUUUUAUUUAUAGUUUUUCUUUGUCUCAAAACCCCCCAAAAGACUUGAAAACCAGUAAAUAUUCACAUUUAAGAAUCUAUUAUUAACACAAACAAACAAGUUGUUCUUUAGAGGUGCUGGUUUGCUUCCAGUCGUUAUGCUAAGCUAAUGGACUAGCUGCAUAUUUAUUAUUUACAUAUCAGUCUCCUCAUCUACCUUUAAUUUUCUACUUUAAUUCAGGGUUAAAAUCCUCCCGGCUUCGACGCGUUCCGUAACCAUGACGUUUACUACGUCAACAAACCUUCCCCAACAUCCCAAUACGACUCGAUUAUUUACGUUUUAGUUCACGAGAAUGAAUCGCGAGACCUUUCCAGAUCGUGACGGCGUGAAGUCGAGCGUCACCGCGGCCUCGUCUUGUUUUCAGGUCAGAGGUCAUGUGACUUCUCUUCUCCGUCCAAGCUGCAUGUUUCUUAUAUUUUAACACGAUAUCUGUGUAUUUAUUGUUUUACCGUCGUAAAAUGUGUUUUACCAAAGGAGUACGUUACCGAGCGCCGUCAGCGCUUUUAUUUCUGCCUUUUCUUCUUUUUUCUUUUUACCUGCUGCUUUGUUUACCAUGAAACCUCUCAGACCUGACGUGUGAGUCAUGAUGAAGAAUGUAAAGAGUAAAAUACACGACACUGCUGAUGUAAACGCUGAAAAAGAGACUGAUACAUUAUUUAAUUCAGGUCUUGCAUUUUUUUUUUUAACCUGCAUCUUUCAAAUAUCCAAAGUGUUUAAUUUAAACCGUGUGUGGUUGUGAAAUGUGGUCCUGAAGUAUUACAAGUUUAUUUAUUAUACAAAUAAAAAAAAUAAAAACCAAAA